UUUAUUGGUAAGUUAAUUUAAUAAUAAUAUAUUAUUAAAUUUUAAACUAUUAUAAUAAUUUAUUAUUAGAUCUUUUACAAAAUGAAGUAUCUACUUCAAAUAUCAAAAAAACAUAUAAUCUACAAAAUGAAUCCAGUAAUACAAACAAAAAUUGUAAACUAGUAGAUAUUAAUAAUAUAAAACAAAUGCAACUUCCUUCAUUAAAUAAUCAACAAUUAAAUAGGGAAGGAAAAAUUCAAGAUUAUAUUGAUAACAUAUUAACAGUUCAAAAUUCAUUUACUGAUGUGAUAAAAGCUAAAAUUAAUUUUGAUACAAAAUUUUUAGGAUUUGAAGCUAUAUUACAUAAAGCUACAUCUACAUCAACUGAUACAAUUUGUCUUUGUCAAUAUUGUUCUAAUAUUAUGCAAACUACACAUGGUACAAAUAGAAAAUUGAGAAGUGUAACUCUUAAUCAAAGAAAUCGAACAGUUGCAAAAACUAAACGCUUAACUAGAUCUAUAAAAACAUUAUCCAAAAAAAAAAAAAGAGAGAAAUCAUCUAUAAUAAUUGAUAAAAUUAGUGAUCAACCACUUGAAACACAUACAAGUUCUUGUUAAUUCAAUUUUGUUAUAUUAUAUUUAUUUCUUGUUCAUCAUUAAAUUUUUGUUAACUUAUAUGGA